ACAGCACUUCAAAGCGACUCAUAGAUGGAGCACAGUCAGUACCAGUGAAAUACAACAAAAAUAAAAAAAGAAUAGAUAUAUUUUACACUUCCAAUUUGGACGUUUAGGAACAACUAGCAGAGAUGGGAGCUGGAAAAGGAAAUGACUACAAGCUGACAGCUACUUCUGAGAAUGACAACAGGAAGAAGAAGAACAAGAAGAAGGAUAUGGAGGAGCUGAAGAAGGAGGUCGAUAUUGAUGAUCACAAACUCAGCAUAGAAGACCUUCAACGAAAAUUCGGCACAGAUAUUGUUAAGGGACUGACUAGCAUCCGUGCAAAGGAGAUCUUAGCCCGUGACGGCCCAAAUUCCCUCACCCCUCCAGUGACCACCCCAGAAUGGGUGAAGUUCUGCAAACAGAUGUUUGGUGGUUUUUGCAUGCUCUUGUGGAUUGGAGCAAUCCUAUGCUUCCUGGCCUAUGGCAUUCAGAUGGCCUAUGAAGAAGACCCUGCAAAUGACAAUUUAUACCUGGGUAUUGCGCUAGCUUUCGUUGUCAUUAUCACCGGCUGCUUCUCAUACUACCAGGAGGCGAAGAGCUGCAGGAUCAUGGACUCAUUUAAGAACAUGGUGCCGCAGCAAGCCUUGGUAUACCGCGAUGGUGAUAAAAAGUGCAUCAAUGCUGAGGAUGUGGUGGUUGGAGACCUGGUGGAAAUCAAGGGAGGAGACCGGAUUCCUGCUGAUCUUCGUGUCAUCUAUGCUUACUCCUGCAAGGUGGACAACUCCUCCCUCACCGGUGAAUCUGAGCCACAGACUCGUUCUCCUGAGUUCACCAAUGAAAACCCCCUAGAGACCAGGAACAUCGCUUUCUUUUCCACCAACUGUGUGGAAGGCACUGCUCGUGGCAUUGUGAUCAAUACCGGAGACAACACAGUGAUGGGACGCAUUGCUACCCUUGCCUCAAACCUGGAAGUAGGACAGACCCCCAUUGCUGUUGAGAUUGAGCACUUCAUCCACAUAAUAACAGCUGUAGCUGUCUUCCUGGGUGUCAGCUUCUUCAUCCUCUCACUCAUUCUUGGCUAUGGUUGGUUGGAAGCUGUCAUCUUCCUCAUUGGAAUCAUCGUGGCAAAUGUUCCAGAGGGCCUCUUAGCUACUGUCACUGUGUGCUUGACCCUGACUGCUAAGCGUAUGGCUAAGAAGAACUGCCUGGUGAAGAACCUGGAAGCCGUGGAGACCCUGGGCUCCACCUCCACCAUCUGCUCUGACAAGACAGGCACCCUGACCCAGAACCGCAUGACCGUGGCUCACAUGUGGUUCGAUAAUCAGAUCCAUGAGGCCGACACCACGGAGAACCAGAGUGGAACCUCGUUCGACAGGAGCUCAGCUACGUGGUCGGCGUUGGCGCGCAUCGCUGGCCUGUGUAACCGCGCCUUCUUCAAAGAUUAUCAAAGCAAUGUUCCUGUCCUCAAGAGAGAUGUUUCCGGAGACGCCUCAGAGUCUGCUCUCCUGAAGUGCAUUGAGCUGUGCUGUGGGUCGGUGAAGGAAAUGAGAGACAGGUACCCCAAGCUUGCAGAAAUUCCCUUCAACUCAUCAAAUAAAUACCAGCUAUCUGUCCAUAAGAACCCCAACUCUUCUGAGUCUAAGCACCUGGUAGUGAUGAAGGGAGCUCCGGAGAAGAUCCUGGAUCGCUGCUCCACCAUCAUGAUUCAGGGAAAGGAGCAGCCACUUAAUGAAGACAUUAAAGAAGCAUUUCAUAAUGUUUACCUGCAACUGGGUGGCCUUGGAGAGAGAGUAUUAGGAUUCUGCCAUUAUUUGCUUCCUGAUGACCAGUUUCCUGAGGGCUUUAAUUUCGAUUCUGAAAGCAUGAACUUUCCCACGGAGAACCUGUGCUUUGUUGGCCUCAUGUCCAUGAUCGAUCCUCCCCGUGCUGCUGUGCCGGAUGCCGUAAGCAAGUGCAGGAGCGCUGGAAUCAAGGUUAUCAUGGUAACAGGUGAUCAUCCCAUUACUGCCAAGGCCAUCGCAAGAGGUGUGGGUAUUAUCUCCGAGGGCAACGAGACUGUUGAGGAUAUUGCUGUUCGUCUGAACAUUCCAGUUAGUGAAGUUAAUCCCAGAGAAGCAAAAGCUUGUGUAGUCCAUGGUGCAGAGCUGAAAAGCAUGACCCCACUGCAGCUGGAUGACAUCCUGCAGUAUCACACUGAGAUAGUGUUUGCCAGAACCUCUCCACAGCAAAAGCUGAUCAUUGUCGAAGGCUGCCAGAGACAGGGUGCUAUUGUAGCCGUGACAGGAGAUGGUGUGAACGACUCCCCCGCGCUGAAGAAAGCCGACAUUGGUGUAGCUAUGGGCAUCGCUGGCUCUGACGUCUCCAAACAGGCAGCGGACAUGAUCCUCAUGGAUGAUAAUUUUGCUUCCAUUGUAACUGGAGUAGAAGAAGGUCGCCUGAUCUUUGACAAUUUGAAGAAAUCCAUCGCUUACACCCUUACCAGUAACAUCCCGGAAAUCACCCCCUUCCUAAUGUUUGUUGUUGCGAAUGUUCCGUUGGCCCUGGGGACUGUCACCAUCCUCUGCAUUGAUUUAGGCACUGACAUGAUUCCUGCCAUCUCCCUGGCAUACGAGGAUUCCGAGAGUGACAUCAUGAAGAGACAUCCCAGAAAUGCCAAAACUGAUAAGUUGGUGAAUGAGAGACUCAUCAGUAUGGCUUAUGGCCAGAUUGGUAUGAUCCAGGCAGUAGCUGGUUUCUUUACUUACUGUGUCAUCCUUGGGGAGAAUGGCUUUCUGCCAGAUUUACUGUUGGGCCUACGUGUCAACUGGGAAGACAGAACCAUAAACGACCUGGAAGACUCUUAUGGACAGCAAUGGACCUAUGACCAGAGAAAGAUCGUAGAGCAUACAUGUCAUACGGCAUUCUUUACCUGCAUUGUACAAUGUCAGUGGGCUGUCUUGAUAAUCUGCAAGACCCGGAAGAAUUCUAUUCUUAAACAGGGUAUGAGGAACAGGAUUCUUAACUUUGGAAUUUUUGAAGAAACGUCUCUUGCUGCUUUCCUUUCCUAUUGCCCUGGAAUGGAUGUCGCACUGAGAAUGUAUCCACUCAAAAUCUGUUGGUGGUUUUGUGCUCUGCCGUACUCCUUCUUCAUCUUCUUUUACGAUGAGAUCAGGAGGUACAUUCUGCGGCGCAGUCCUGGAGGUUGGGUGGAGAAUGAAACUUACUACUAGAAGAACAGGAGCACCUUUGGGCUUUAAACAGAAAAAUCUUUGUACUACAGCUCAGGAAAUGAGCAAUCUGCAGUGUAAUUAGAAAUAAAGAAGGUACCGCCCAUAA